UCCAGACAGGUUUGAAAUGGGGACAAGGAAGGGGAAGAAAGCAAGGAAAGAAUUUCUUACAAACUGUUAAAUAUGAUUUCCUAAAGGGGAAUGAUGUAUCAGUCUUUGACAAGUCCCCUCAGCUGGAUGCAACUGAAUAGAGAUUCAUUGGCACUUGCAAGGAGAUGACCCAGCUGCAGGGCAAUAUUGAAGGCAUCAUCAGUGCUUUCAAUGCAUAUGCAAAGAAGGAUGGAGGCUGCAUCACACUGAGCAAGGGAGAGCUGAGGCAACUUAUCCAGCAGGAGUUUGCUGAUGUGCUAGUGAAACCCCAUGACCUCCAGACCAUCGACCAGGUGCUGCAGCGUCUGGAUGCAGAGAGCGAGGACAGAAUUGACUUCGAUGAGUUCCUCGUCCUGGUAUUCCAAGUGGCCAAGGCUUGUCACAAGGAGUUAAACCCGUGCCAGCCAUCGGGAGAUGGUCAAAGCUCAGCAUCCCAGGGAGAUGCAAGUAGGGGCCAGGCACAGAAAGCAGAGCAUGACCCCGGCCACCAUCACGUCCAGGAGCCUCAGGCUCCGAAGCAGGGCCAAAAACAACCAGAGGCACCAGAGCAGGAUCCCAGUCGCCCACAGGCUCCAGAGACCCCCACCGCAGAAGGGGACCUGAGCCACCGUCACAUCCAGGACCCAGAAGUAUCUCAGGGAGAUGGAAGCCGCGAGGCCCAGGCAACCGAGACCCCAGAGCAUGACUCAAUUUGCCGCCAGGGCCAAGAACCAGAGCAGGACCCGAGCCACCAUCGAACCCAAAAGCAAGACCCAAAUCGUGAGGGCCAGGCCCCCCAAGUCCCACAGCAGGACGUGAAGCAUGAGGCCCUGGAGCCUGGUGCCCCAGAGCAAGCCCCAAACCGCCAUCCUGUCCUGCAGCCCAGCGUCUCAGAGAGGGACCUGGACCACUGUCAGUCAAGUGCCUCGGAGAGGGGCCUGGACCGCCAUCCUGCCCUGCAGCCCAGCACCUCGGAGACGGACCUGGACCGCCAUCAGGGCCUGGAGUCAGAGGCCCCAGAACAGGACCUGAGCCCCACCGCAGAGAGGGAGUCAACCCACUAUGAAGCCCAUGAGCCGCAGGCCCCAGAGCAGGAGUCCCAGGAGUCCCAGCCAGCUGAGCAAGACCAGAACCGCCAUCAGUCGGAGGAGCCCGAGACUUCGGAGCACACCCUGUGCCACCAGCCCCAGGAAGCCCAGCCAACAGAGCAAGACCUGACCCGGGAGACCCAGACACCCAGGGUCCCCGAGGGGGAUGUGAGCCGUGGGGGCACCCCGUUCUCUCCAGCACUUCAGCAGGACCGUGGUGCUCAGCAAGACCCAAGAGAAGAAGCUCUGACAGCCUACCGUCCAUACAUCUACCAGUGCCAGAAACCACCAACAUUUCCCUAUCAGUGGCUACCAAAGUAGUAAGGGCCAAAAUCAGACACUGAGGAAAAGAAAAAAGGCAAUAGGCACCCAAAUAGGCCAGCUUAACUCAAGGCCACUGUCUAUUUACCCAGCUUCUCUGCCCAGUCCAGAUUUCCUAGCACUCCGCUUGUCUUUCACCAUUUGCUUGCAGUCCUGCUCUGUACAGUUUGAUUCCUUAUGUCCUUUGAGCCAUACUCCGAAUAGAUGCUUUUGCUCCCCCCCUUCUGUUGGUCUCCGGCUCCAUGUGUAAGCAAGGUAAUAAAACCCAAAUGCAAGAGCACGAUGUUGCAAUGCA